AUGUACUCUGAUUAUUAUGAUUAUGAUUCUUCGGAUAGCGAAGAAUCAUUUACUUAUCAUAAUUAUAGUGUAGAUUAUGCAAAUCAAUUAUUACGAGGAGAACAUCAAAUUAUUUCUACUAUACCGGCAUCAGCACGGUUUCCAAAACGAAGAAGACAGAAAUUGGUUCGAGUCGCUACACUUGAUCAGAUGCCAAAUUUAGUAACACCACGAAGACAACCUUUCAUCACAGACAUAUCGAGUAUUCAUAGUAGACCAAAAUAUAAUGAAGAUAGUUUACCACCAAUUCAAGAUACAAGCGCUGAGUUAGAAAGAAGAGCACAAACAAGACAAAGACAGUUUGGGUCUGAACAACAGGCUGGUGAGCAGGAAGAAAAUUAUAGAAUAAAUGAUCAAGAUCAAAGAGCAAAUCAAUCAUCAAAAAUUCCUCCAGCUCCUCCUAUACCCGCUCAUUUUAAACAGCCGACUCAAGAGACACAAGAGCAACAUCAUACUGGAAUGCCAUAUCAAAUGAACAAUGCUGACAUAGCACAACUUCAACAACAGCAACAAUUAUUUAACCAACAAAUGAUAAACAUGCAGAAUCAUCCUCAUUCGAUGCAUCAUCACGAGUCUCAUCAUCAUGCGAAUCAUACCCAUUCGCAUAUACAUGAUAUAAAUCGGGAGGAUGAUCAAGCUUAUAUUGCACAUUUAAUUGACACAGAUCCUUAUUUUGCUACAGCUAUGCAAGAUUUUGGCAUCUCACAUGGUAUAUGGAGACCAAGAUUAAGGAAUCGUUCUGUAACAUCUUUGACAAGUGCAUCUGGCGAAAACAUACCGAAUAAUUUACUUAAUGAAAUCCGACAGAUCCGAAAAAUGAUCAACAGAUAUUUAGAUUCACGACAACAUACUUCUCACCACGGCUAUCCUCAGCCCAACUUUUUUCCAGUGCCGUGGCCAGUUUGGCAACCACCUCAGGGAUACCAGCCUCAAGGAUACCAGCCUCCCAUUGGUACUCCUCAUGUGCCAUCUCAAAACUAUAUUCCUCCUGAACCGCCACCACCGUCCCGUGAUCCUUUCCCACACAUCCCAGCUAAUGAGCCGCGUCGAGCACUUUAUCAGAAUAUAGUUAACACAAUAAAAGACGUUUUGAGCAAACGAGAUCCUUCUAAACAAGAUCAACCCUUGAAGCCUAGUGAAAUCGCACCAGGUGUUCGAAAGAUUUAUACGAGGCGUCCACGAUUUCUACCGUCACCGUCGUCACAGCAACAAAAUCGAUCAGUCGUCACUAAUCCACCUAUUCUUCCACUAAAUCAACAACGACGAAGGUCUUCAGUUUCAUCAAGAAACUCAAGCAUACGACAGUCUCCUCUCGUACCCAAAGAACCAUCACUAAACAGAAAUCGAUCUUCGUUAUUGAGACAAAAACCACCAAUUCCCCCUGCUCCGCCUUUACCACCAUCAAAUAUUCCGCCAGCUCCACCUUUCCCACCAUCACUCAAUGUUCCACCUGCGCCUCCAUAUGAACCAUUAGCUCGUUUUACUUCUACAUCCAACCGAUCGUCCUCAUUACCUCGCACAAGAAAUCUGUCGUAUGGAGCGAAAACUGCAACACGGAAUACUGUUGCCUUCAACAGAAGACCUUCAAAGACAGAAAUGAGAGCUCAGUUCGAACCGAAAUUAUAUGAUAAAUUACGUCCUGAACAAACGGUAUGGACACGGCAAUCAACGUAA